AUGAUUAGUAAUUAAUUUAACAUUCACAUUCGAUCGAAAAACCAUUGAGUGUUAACGCACCGUGCGUCGUCUAUCGCAGAGCAAGCGAUCUUCCGAUUUUGGAAAUUUGUUCGGUUUAUGUUUUUUAAUUGUUGAUAAAUCUGUGGUUAUAGAAAAUGGAGCCCGGACAAUUGAGUAAAGACCAACGAAAACAGCUGAAAAUGGCCUUUGAUACGUUUGAUAAGGAGAAAAAGGGAGUGAUUAAAACGAGCGAAGUGCAGACUAUUUUGGACAUGAUGGGAGUCGAAGCGGACGCAAUGACCGAAUUGGAUGAGGCAAUUAAUGAAGUUGACACUUUUGGGAGUGGAGAGUUGAAGUACGAAGACUUUUGCACAGUAGCAGCUAAAUUUAUGGAAGAAGAUGUCGAUGUUGAAGCACUCAAAUCGGAAUUAAAAGAGGCUUUCAGGCUGUACGACAGAGAAGGAAACGGAUACAUAACAACAGAUACUUUUCGCGAAAUUCUUUGCGAAAUUGACGAGAAUUUAACUGACGAGCAGUUGGACAUGAUUAUCGAGGAAAUCGACGCUGAUGGCUCUGGGACUUUGGAUUUUGAAGUACUCAAGAAGGCUUUCGAUGCGUUUGAUCAAGCUAAAAAAGGCUGCAUCGGCACUGAUAUGGUAGGAACUAUUUUAGCUAUGCUCGGAUAUGAGUUGAGUGAAGAAACCUUGGCUGAAAUUAUUGCUGAGGUCGACGAAGAUGGAUCUGGAGAACUUGAAUUUGAAGAGUUCUGCACUCUGGCCGCCAGAUUUUUGGUGGAAGAGGACACAGAGGCGAUGCAGCAAGAAUUGCGAGAGGCAUUCCGACUUUACGACAAAGAAGGCAAUGGUUACAUAACGACUGAUGUCUUUCGUGAUAUUUUACAUGAGCUUGACGAUAAGUUAACGAACGAAGAGCUGGAUCUCAUGAUUGAAGAAAUUGACGCCGAUGGCUCUGGGACACUUGAUUUUGAUGAAUUCAUGGAAGUUAUGACAGGCGGCGAUGACUGAAUAUUACAAUUAUUCUAGUUCACAACCAGGAAGCAUAAAAAUUUACGCGAACACAACGGAAACUUGGAAAGUUUAUAUGACGUGUUCCAUUGCAUUGGACAGUGGCUAUUCCAGAUUGUAUCCUAAAUUAUCAUAAUUUCAUCAAUAAUCCGCACACACAGACACACAGACACACCAAACAAAAUAAAAGAAUAAUUUUCAAAUCGGA